AUGCAGUCCCACCUCUCCCGUCGAGUCUUCAAGGCCCUCAUCAACAAUGAGCCGCUCUCCUUUUCCGCCUGUCGUCGACAUUGCCUCCUGCAUACAAUUCCUCCCGCACGCGUGCGUCUGAGCCUACCGAGCCUUCAGGAUCUGACGCGACGGAAUCUCUUCGCCUUCAAUGCGGCGCCCACUCCCGAGGCGCGACCGACGACACUGCCCUCGGAACGAGGCCUGAAGCCAAUGACGGAUCUCUUGAAGUCGAUCAAGGACAAAGCCAGAGCUCCUCCCAGUGAAGUCCUCGCCAAAGCGUUCCAGACCUUCUUUGCGACACGAGUUGAAACUCCGGGAGUGAUUAAUGGCUAUCAGGCCCGACUGCUCAUCGUGACAUGGAAACACUUGAAGGAACUACAGACUGAACUGGAGGAGCGAGACUGGCAGAAUGUGUUCUCAACUGAGAACCUCGAGAAAAUGCUUUUUGUUUUUUCGGAAGCACAGUGUCUGCCUGAAUCUCGCGCGACCCUCCAGAAUUUGGCACGCUACGCCUACCACGAACUCUGUGUCGAUCACGGCUUUGGUCCCAAUGAGAUCAGUCGACCGGCUCUAAAUCUCUACAUCAAUCUACUAUGCGCAAAUGGUAACCCUGAAGAGGCCCGCGCCGUGGUGAUCAAGUUUUGGGACCGUCUGCGCAAGGCCACACCAUCGCCGUGGCUCGCAGUGUUGAAGGGGUUCGCCAUCAAAAAUGAUGAACGUCAGCUGAAGAAAGUCAUUGAUGACUUGAAAGAGCAUGACAUGAACUUUGACCAAGCGUCUCAUGAAGAGCUGAUCCAGAUGCUCAUUGAACAGGACCAGUUCAACGCGGUUCAGACUGUCUACGAGUGCCCGAUCUUCGAUGACCUCGAGCCUUCCCUCUCCACCAUGAAAGCUGUCAUCAAAUAUGCGAUCCUAAAGUCCAAGGCUGAAUGGGCGACUCCCAUAUUUGAGUCUCUCCCACAAAAGCCGGACACGGUGUACAUCACCUUACUUUGGGAGGCAGCACACGGCAGUGGUGCCGUUGCUCUAAAGGAGAAGCUUGACUCGUUGAUUGCAAAGGAUCCUCGCUACAAGAAGGCCAUUAAUCCGACUACCCUGAACCAUCUUCUUGAAUAUGCCAACGCCACCGAGAACCCGCAAUUGGCGGCCGAAUUGUCCCAGCUUGCGGAUAAGUGGGGCAUUGCUCCAACCGAACGAACCCAUAUGCUGCAAUUCGAGUCCCGAGUUCAGUCUGGUGACGUCGAGCAGACGCUUGAGUUUUUACAGGAGCGAAUUGACCCUAGCACGUUACCACAGGAGAACCUCCCGCUUGUCAAUCGACUCAUCACGAUGCUGUGUCUAUCCGAGAAAAAAGAUGCCCUGUUUCAACAGAUAUCGUCUCUUCUUGACCCGCUGUUUCAAGAAAAUGUGCGCUUGGAAGCUGACACGGUUGCGGUAUUAACGCGGAUGCUUCUCUACCGCCACGACUGGGACGCUGUCUCGGAACUGCUGCGUCCACGACUGGGCACUUAUGAUUCGGAAGAGAAGUCCAAAGUUCGGAAAGCGCUUACCGACUUCAUUCUCGAUCUAAGCCAAAGCGAUUCCGAUGUGUGGGAUGUGUAUGAACUGCUGAAGGUCGCAUUCCCAGAGACGGGUGUCAACAUGCGAACCGAGAUCAUGACCAGUUUGUUCAAACGAAAGCGCAACGACCUCGCCGUCUUGGUAUUUGGGCACAUGCGCCAAGCAGAAAAUCUUCUCCAGCGGCCCAAGCCAGAUACGUAUGCACGUUGCUUGCAGGGCAUUGCACAAACGGGCGACGAAAGCAAUCUGGAGCUAGUCCACAACAUGCUGAGACUGGAUCUAGAGGUUGUUAUGACCACUCGCAUCUUGAACGGUCUCAUGCUCGCCUACGCUGCUUGCGGCCAAACAGAGACAAGCAUGGAGAUGUUCCGGGAGGUGCUGCAGUCGGAAGAAGGGCCGUCCAACAAGACCCUCGUUUGCUUCUUCAAGGUCUGUGAGAAACACCGCAACGGUGCGCACGAAGCCAUGAAGAUGAUGGAUAAGAUCAAGAAGUUGGAGAUCACCGUCGACCGGCCGCUGUAUCAUGCGUAUAUCCAGGCUCUGGCGGCGCAAUACGAAUUCGAUCAGGCGACCGAGGCCAUUGAUAGCAUGGAGGAGGAGACCGGCCAGGUGCCUAUGCGCGAUACGAUUGGGCUUUUUUACAAUGCCAUCCCAUUCGAUUACUGGAAGGACCAGGUGGUGGAGUGGGCGCAGAAGAAGUAUCCGGAGCAAUGGGCGCGGCUAGCGGAGUUGCCGUGUACUGAACAGGACGGGGAGAUGCGGUUUGAGGGUAUUGUGAAUGAUGUCGGGGUGUAG